GGACUUGCUGUCGCUACCUGUCCUCCUGUUCCCCCUCAGAGCACCUGGAGAAGAUCAGCAUCCUCUCUGCACUGUACCUGCAGGACAGGUUAAGAAAUGACUCCAGUAACCUCCAUCAGACCGUCUCAUCGGGUUUUUUUACCCAUAGUUCUGGUGAUGUGUUUGGGAGCUACAUUCUACAUGUAUUACAGUCCAGUGAAGAGCUGGCUGAGAUGUUCUGAUGCUGGGGAUUUCCAAAACGCUGUUUGUUCGAAGGCAUGUCUUAAUGAGCUUGAGGUGGAGAUCCAUAAACAAAUGAUGAAGAACUGCACUGUUAACGAAACACUGGUUACAGGACAGGAACUGGCAACCCGGUUGCUCCAACCGGUGGAGGAACAUCCCGCAGAUCCAUCAGAAACCCUCGUCCUGCUCUGGCAUUGGCCUUUUGGCUUCAAGUUUGAUUUGGAAGCCUGCGAAUCACAGUACGGUAUUAAGGGCUGCCGUUUGACCCUUGACAGAAAUCUGUUGGAUAAAGCCCAUGGUGUAAUGUUCCACAUCAGAGACAUCAGGGGGGACUUACCGUACCUGAAGACGUUGUCCCGACCAGUGCUGCAGAAAUGGGUGUGGAUGAGCAUGGAGUCUCCAACCAACACCCCCCAACUGCCUGGAGCAGAAGACAUGUUCAACCUGACGUCCAGCUACCGGAGAGACUCGGACAUCUGGAUACCUUAUGGACGAUUGGUGGAAAUUUCUGAAGAGGACCAACCCUUCCAGAUCCCACCUAAAGACAAGCUGGUCUGCUGGAUCAUCAGCCACUGGGAGAACAAGCUCUGGAGAUCGGGCUACUUCAACGAAUUCAGGAAACACAUCAAAGUGGAGGGGUACGGAAACCACUUCGGAAGACAUAUUGACAAUAACGAUUUCUCUAAAAUUAUGUCCAGCUGCAAGUUCUACCUGUCGUUUGAGAACUCUAUUCAUCAAGACUACAUCUCCGAGAAAGUCUUCAACCCAAUGAUGGCCGGUACCGUUCCUGUGGUUCUCGGUCCUCCCAGGGAAAACUACGAGGAGUACCUACCAGCAGAUUCCUUCAUCCACAUUAACGACUUCAAAACAUCUAAAGAACUGGCAGAUUACCUCCUUCACCUGGACCAGAACCAGGAGAUGUAUGAACGGUUCUUCACCUGGAGAAAGUACUUUGUUCCAACAGCUAGUAAAUUCGGACAGGAGCACGCCUGUUACGUUUGUGAUCAUUUAAAGAGAAACAAGAACUUCAGAGUGUUUAAAAAUGUAAACAAGUGGUACUUCAGUAGCUAACGAGUCUUCGGGCAGAUUUGUAUUUGUAAAUUGUUUCAAAUAACUAAAGAGGUAAGAAGGAAGAACUGUUUCUUAAUUGAACGUUUUUUUACUAUGAUCCCAGAACUCUUCUACCCUGAUGUAUAAAAUUGAAUGACAGUUUUGUUUUGUUUUUUUACAGAUUUUUUUUUCUUUUUAAAUCUGUAAACUGUUUACAUUUUUACUGUGAAAUUUUAACAUGGAAAUAUAAAAUAAACAAUCUAUUUUGCAUA